GGAGGAGCAACGGUUGGCUUUUCAAAGGUUGGAGGAACAACGGGCGGCCGACUUGCAACGAUACGAGGAAGACUACCGGAGGAUGUAUGGGCCGACAUAUUCUUACAUGUCCCAACUUGGCGGGUUUGCAUCUAUGGCCUCACCACCACCGGCACCUUCUUGGUAUAACCCCUCCGAUUGGGGUAAUUUUGGCGGCUCUAGUUCCGGCAUGGGUGGUUAUGAUGGCGGGGACACUACCAUGGGCGAGGGAGGAGGUGAUGACAUGCAUGGGAGCGGCUUUGGCGGAGGCUACUAUGGUGGCGAGGGCGGGCACUAGGGAUAGUGCCAUGCUUCAAGUGUGGGGGAGGAAGAUUUCUCUUUUGGACACCAUCUCUUGAAGAAGAAGAAGAAGAAGAAGAAGGAGAGAAGAUGAGAAAAAGAAGAAAUAGGAAGCAUAGAAGACCGUUAAACCCAAGGAAAUGUUGUUUUGUAACUUCAUUCACUAUACUUGGUGGUUUUAGUUUCUUAUUUCUUCCUCUCUAUGCACUCAUGAUCUUGUGAUA